GGUCUUUUUUUAAAAAUGUCUGCUUCAUACCAACACCUUCUCACUUGGAGUUUACCGCACCUCCUCUUGCUACCGUUGACCCACCUCUUGCUUUUGGCUCCUCCCACAGAUGUAUCUGCAGAGAUGUGUCGCGUCACCGGCGGGGUUCUGGGGCUCCAUUGGACCAACGUGGUGGGUCUCGGUUGGUCCCCCUUGGCGGACGGGCGAGGGGGUCCGACGUGCUGGGAGACGUGCUGCUUGAGGCCCAGUUGCCACGCCGUGUGGAGCCACGGCGGGCGAUGCGUGCUCCUGACAUGCUCACUCAAAGGCGGGUGCCCCAUUCUCUAUGUGCCGCAACCAGAUCAAGAUUUUCUGGGGCUUCUUCAGAUUCUAAGCAAGGGUUCUGCCACAAAAAGAGGGAGGAGGAUUCGUCAGGUAGAACAAGAGGACCAAACACGGCAACAGCCUCGCAUGGAGAACUCCAAUGUUGAUCCAGCUCAGCCAGGACUAUCACCCAACCCGAGUGUGCUUCCACAAACAGCCCAAAAGAACCUCACUCUUAAAAGUGAAACGUCCCAACACAACUCCACUAUUCCCAACACCGUUGCGUCCAACCGCAGCGAUGACAUCACUCCCGUGGCAACUACCGUCAGCAUGCCUCCGACGCAGGCCGUGAGGGAGCUGGUAGUGUCGGCGGGCGAGAGCGUAGAAGUCACGUUGCCGAGCAACUCGGUGGAGCUCAACGCCUUCGUGGUGCCGCCGCCUCCGCCAGAUACAAAGUACGCAUUUGAUUGGCGUCUGAUAACUCAUCCGAGAGAUUACAGUGGGGAGAUGGAAGGGAAGCACAGCACGACUCUUAAACUCAGCAAGCUAACAGUUGGUUUGUACGAGUUUGAGGUGACAGUGGAUGGGGGCGGAGCCCACGGAGAAGGUUAUGUCAACGUAACGGUCAAACCAGAGCCGCGAGUAAACAAGCCUCCCGUUGCCGUGGUUUCCCCAAAGUUCCAGGGGAUCUCCUUGCCGACCAGCUCCACGGUGAUAGACGGCAGUAAGAGUACAGACGAUGACAAAAUAGUAUCUUGGCACUGGGAAGAAGUCAAAGGGCCCCUGAGGGAGGAAAAAGUGUCCGCCAACACAGCCGUCCUCACGCUCACCAACUUGGUUCCGGGGAACUACACCUUCAAUUUAACUGUGACUGACUCAGACGGCGCCCAAGACUCCACACAAGCCACCCUGUCUGUCAACAAAGCCAAGGAUUACAAGCCCGUGGCCAACGCCGGACCCAACCAGGUCAUCACCUUGCCACGUAACUCCAUCACUCUGUACGGCAACCAGAGCACGGAUGAUCAUGACUCGCUCGCCUACGAAUGGUCACUCAGUCCUGAGAGCAAAGAUAAGGUGGUGGAGAUGCAAGGCGUGCGAACCCAAAUCCUGCAACUGUCAGCCAUGCAAGAGGGCGACUACACCUUCCAGCUCACUGUGACCGACUCUUCCGGACAACAAGACACGUCCCACGUCACGGUUAUCGUGCAGCCGGAAAACAACAAGGCACCUAAAGCCGAUGCAGGCCCGGAAAAAGAACUGACGUUACCGGUUGAUCGAACCAUGCUGGAUGGGAGUAAAAGUAGCGAUGACCAAAAGAUAGUCGCUUACCACUGGAAACAAACCAAAGGUCCGGACGGAGUCAAAAUGGAGAACGCCGACAGCGCCGUCGCCACGGUGACGGGUCUUCAGGUCGGCACGUAUGAGUUCACGCUGACGGUGACCGACGAGAGGAAGCUGCAGAGUAGCGACGCCGUCACGGUCAUCGUUAGAGAAGAACUGGACCAGCCACCGGUGGCUCGCGUGGUUUCGAGUCCGCCCGUGACGUUGCCUGCGCGGACCGCCACAUUGGACGGAUCUCACUCCACGGACGAUAAAGGCGGCAUCACCUACCUGUGGACCAGAGAUGACAGCAGUCCUGCCGCCGGGGACGUGCUUAACAACUCGGACCACCAAGCCAUCCUAUUCCUCGGAAACCUGGUGCAGGGCAAGUACAGCUUCACGCUGUCCGUCACCGACAGCAAAGGUCAAACAAGCGUCGAUAGCGGCGCCCUGGAGGUCAAACCAGACCCGUGGGAGCGCGACCAGGUAGAACUGAUUUUAGAAGUCCCUGUAACGCAAGUCUCCCACCGUCAACGCGACAUGCUGCUACGGCAAGUCGGGGUCUUGCUCGGCGUCCUCGAUAGCGACAUCAUCGUCCGGGAAAUCGGCGCGUUCAACGAACACAGCACUCGUCUGGUCUUCCUGGUGUCAGGCGGUCCGGGGCGCCCUCCUCUGGCAGGUCAAAGCGUUGCACUCAAUUUACGCAACAAACUAAGGAAACAGAAGAACGAUUUUCUUAUUUAUAAAGCUCGGCGGGUGGAUACAGUUGUGUGCCAGCUGAACUGUUCCAGUCACGGAGAGUGUGACUCAUUCACGAGACGCUGCGUUUGUCAGCCGUUCUGGAUGGAGAAUUUUAUCAGAGCGCAGCUCGGAGAUGCCGAAAGCAACUGCGAGUGGAGCGUCCUUUAUGUGACCAUCGCGUCAUUUAUGAUUGUGGUUGCCGUGGCGACAGUGGUCUGGGGGUGCGUGUGUUGCUGCGACAGACGUAAGAGCAAAGCACGCAGAACCAAAAGCAGAUAUAAAAUGCUGGAAGCCGAUGAGCAGGAUGCACUGGAGCUUCAACCGGCCAGAGCGGGUCGCAUGAAGCCCGUCCCCGCCCCCACUUCCUCGGCCCUCAUGCGCUCCGACUCGGACCUGGACAGCGACGACGGGCGCGUGGGCUUUCCGUGGACGGAGCAGGAGCGCGGUCACCUCCUCGGACCGCAAAACGGCUCGCUGAGGAACGGCCAGGGUCCCGUUCGAGCCAAGAAACACAGGGAAGAGCUGCUAUAG